GUUGUUUUAACUAUAGGUUGAACACGGCCACCCAUCCUCCUAGCGGUGUUCUUCUCUCUCCCUUGUUUAACAUUGAGAUUGCUGGGACUCUGACCGCUAGGCGCACAGCCACUUGCGGCUUGUGCUAGUCGAUGUUCGACUCUCAUAUUUGAGAAAUCAUAGGCCGCUAACUACAUGGGCGUUGACCGCUAGAUCGUGAUGCACAGCUCACAACGUUUCUUCGUCAUCAUUCUUCCGGAGAAAUGAAGAAAAUGUGGAUCUGGAUUCUGGUGUUAACCUUUGCUUGCGGGAACGGCCAGCUCCCGCAAGAGCCGAGCGAAUCGACGCGCACUCCUUGGAAUCGAUUCGACGACAGAGAUCAGACCGGAUUCGGGCUACGAGGUUCCGGAAACUCAGCCGACAACGUCAUAAUAAAAGAAGCUACUUACUUCGUGGUCGCAUCUCGGAUGGUUAGACCGGGACAGAUCUACCGAUUAGACGUGAAUGUCUUGUACAGCCCACUGCCGAUGAUGGUGCGUUCGUCCAUUCAAAGGAAUGGAGUAGAGAUAGCUGCGGACUUUCAAGAAGUGAAGGAGGGCAUACCGGAAACUCUGAUGAUGAGAUUGCCACCUACGUCCGUCAACGGGGAGUAUAGAUUAAGAGUGGAGGGAACGUACAACAGCCUGACCGGUGGCCAAGCGUUUUUAAACGAGACCAAGCUCACCUUCUCGCAACGAUCAAUGACUAUAUUCAUUCAACUGGACAAACCUGUGUACAUGCAAGGAGAAACCGUACGAUUCAGAAACAUACCGAUCGACACCGAACUCAAAUCAUUCAACAAUCCCGUGGACGUGUACAUGUUGGACCCGUACAGAAGAAUAAUGAGACGAUGGUUAAGCAGACAGAGUAACCUGGGAACAGUGUCUCUGUCGUAUCAGCUGUCCGAUCAACCAGUCUUCGGAGAAUGGAUUAUACAGGUGAUAGCGCAAGGUCAGGUAGAAGAGAAAACGUUCCUGGUGGAGGAAUACUAUCAAACGCGUUUCGAAGUGAACGUUACCAUGCCAGCUUUUUUCUUCGAUAAUGACCAAUACAUAACUGGCAUAGUCCAAGCGAAUUACACCAGCGGUGCUCCAGUCAGGGGGAACUUGACUCUAAAAGCACGCAUCAAGUCGCUGGACAAAACGUACACGGAAUCUGGCUCCGAACCUGUGGAGAGAUACUUUUACUUCGACGAGUAUUAUCCCGCGUGGUUGAAAGUUUCCAACUAUUUGGAGAACAAGAUACCCGUGCUGAGAUUUUUCAACGGGUCCUAUCAUUUCCGAUAUCCGAUGUCAGAGUUGUUGAACUUCGUACCCACCGCCAGUGGAAUGGAGAUCACCGUGACCGCGACAGUCGGCGAAAGAUUCUUAGACGAAGUAAUCACCGGCUACUCCACCGCCCGGAUAUUCAACUCCACCUCGAAGAUACGAUUUCUGGGCGGGUCGCCGCAGGUUUUCAAGCCGACGAUGCCGUUUGUUUUGAACUUGGUGGCGUCGUUCCACGACAAUUCGGCGUUGAGGCCGACGCAGUUGAAGGGGGCCGUGAUGGAGAUCCGCGCGGACAUCGAGAUGAGAGCCGGUGGCCGUAGAAUACUAGAAACGCAAUAUCUGAAACAUUCGGCCGACAACGAGGCUAUCUGGUCCACCAGGAUCGACUUGAGGAAACAGCUCGGUCUCGAGCACAACUCGGAUCACGCGCAGCAGAUUCUCAACGACAUCACCUCCAUGAAAGUUUUCGCUUAUCUCACCGACGGCGAAGGAUUCAGAACGCAGACCGAGUUGCUACUGUUGGCGCACGAGUCGCCGAAUCAGCAGCACAUAAAGAUCUCGACGUCCACGGAGAAGCCGCGAGUCGGCGAGUACAUGAUAUUCCACGUUCAGACGAAUUUCUACAUCGACACAUUCAACUACCUCGUCAUGGCGAAAGGCACGAUACUUCUGACGGGGCAGGAUAGCAUGCAGCACAAUAUAAAAACGAUCGCCGUCCCUCUGAGCGCGGAGAUGGCACCCGUUGCGACUGCAGUCGUGUAUCACGUCGGACAGUACGGCAACGUGGUGGCUGACUCUCUCACCUUCUCCGUCAAUGGCAUUUCGCGCAACAAUUUCACCGUGUUCAUAAACAACAAGAAAGCCAGGACAGGUGAGAACGUGGAGGUGGCCAUUUACGGUGAACCGGGAGCGUACGUCGCUCUCUCAGGUAUAGACAGAUCGUUCUUCACGAUGCAGGCAGGAAACGAGCUGACAUACUCCAACGUUAUAACGAAAAUGGCCCAUUUCGACGAGGAGACGAACGGUACCCAUUCCCACACGUGGUUGUUCCACGAGGGUGAUCCAGACGAGGUCGUUUACUUCCCAUCAUCGACAUUUGGCAUAGACGUGAACAGAACGUUCGAGUACAUUGGAUUGGUAGUGUUCACAGAUGCCUUUAUUUAUCGGAGGCCCGACAACUGCAACGCCACUCAAGGGUACAGGGAGUGCCUCUCCGGUAGGUGUUACAGGAUAGAGAAAAAAUGCGACGGGGUGUAUGACUGUGAGGAUGGCACCGACGAGGCAGCCUGCGAGUACAGGAACGCUACUGACAUCGCGUUGUUCAGGAAAUGGCGGUUCAACAGGCUGCAGAGGCAGUACGAGAACGUUUGGCUGUGGAAGGAUAUCAACAUUGGCCCUCACGGUAGAUACAUUUUCAACAUAGACGUGCCGAGGAGACCGGUUCAGUGGAUGGUCACGGUGUUCAGUAUGUCGCCGAGUAUGGGCUUUGGGAUGUUGCCAAAAGCCAUCGCGUACAUGGGUAUCCUGCCGUUCUACAUCAACGUGGAGAUGCCCACUCACAGCAAACAAGGCGAGCAAAUCGGUAUCCGUGUCUCCGUCUUCAAUUAUCUGCGACACAACAUAGAGGCUGUAGUGGUUCUAACCGGAUCCAGAGACUAUAAAUUCGUUCACGUCGAGGACAACGGUAUCGUACAGUCGUACAAACCUCGCACGUCUUUUGGCGAACACCAGUUCUUCAUUUGGAUCCCUGCUCAGGAUGCUUCCAUCGUCUACCUGCCCAUCGUGCCAGUAAGACUCGGUGACAUCAAAAUACACAUCUACGCGACCACUGUGAUCGGAAGGGACUCGGUCACGCGUACCCUGCGCGUAGAAGCCGACGGCCUUCCUCAACACAGACAUCAGUCCAUCCUGCUCGAUCUCAGUAACCGUGCCUACGUGUUCCAGUACAUGCACGUUAACAUAACAGAGACACCGAUCAUACCCUACGACGAGAAUCGUUACUACGUGUUCGGGUCGAACAAGGCUGUGAUAAGUUUGGUUGGUGACGUUGUCGGGCCGAUUUUCCCGACGAUGCCUGUCAACUCCACCAGCCUCAUGAAUCUUCCUAUGGAUUGCGCCGAGCAGAAUAUGUUCAGCUUCGCCGCCAACUUGUACACGACGCUGUACAUGCGUUUGCUCAAUCAACGUAACAGGACGCAGGAGAGGGAGAGCUUCUACUACAUGAACAUCGGCUAUCAGAGGCAACUCUCGUUCAUGAACCCGGACGGUUCGUUCAGCUUGUUUCGCAGCGAUUGGAACCAGUCCUCGCCGAGCGUUUGGCUGACAGCGUAUUGCGCUCGUGUCUUGCAAGAGGCACGUUUCUACGAGUGGGAGAAUUAUCUGUACAUAGAUCCCGAGGUGAUAGCCCAGGCUGUGUCCUGGUUGCUGAAGUAUCAAACGCCCGAGGGAUCGUUCUACGAGGUCACGUGGAUGCCCGAUCGCAAGAUGAACAGCUCUCUAAACUACGACAACGAUAUAAUAUUGCAUAGGAAUAUCAGUCUUACGGCUCACGUGCUGAUCACGUUGCAAAGCGUGAAGGAUCUGCCCGAGGGUCUAGGAACCCAAGUCGCUGUGAGCGCCGUUGGCGCGGUCAAGUGGUUGGAAAGGAAUUUGAGGUUGUUGGAAGAGCGAGGAAAACCCUACGAGAUAGCGAUAGUGUCGUACGCUCUUCUGUUGGCGAAAGCCUCCACCGCAGGCCAAGCUUUCAACAUUUUGUCCAGGCAUGCCCGCAGAGAGGGAGGACUGACUUACUGGGGCAGGGAGCAAGUCCCUCUUCCCCCUUACAAACUGGAAAAUCAGAAACCGUUCCUUCUUCCCCGUUUACCGUACAUGUACGACUCGGAGAACAUCGAGACGACCGCGUACGCUCUUUUGGUUCAUGUUGCUCGACAAGAGAUAAUGAUAGAGCCCAUAGUGAAGUGGCUGAACGCGCAGAGGCUGACGGACGGUGGUUGGGCCUCGACGCAAGACACCGCGUGGGCGAUGAAAGCGUUGAUGGACUACACGGUCAGGUCCAGAAUUCGAGAUGUCAGCUCGUUGACCGUCACCGUGGAAGCCACCGCUCUUCCAGGACAAACUAAAACGCUGUUUGUCAAUGACAAUAACCUUGCGAGGCUGCAGACCAUAGAGAUACCAGAAGCGUGGGGAACGGUAAAGGUACAAGCAAAGGGUGCUGGCUACGCAAUUUUGCAAAUGUCUGUACAGUACAACGUGGACAUUGCCAAAUUCAUAACACAACCGCCUGUCAAGUCUUUCGACUUGGUGACGAGAGCGAAUUUUCAUGGAAGAAAUCAGUCUCACAUAUCGUACCUCAGUUGCCAGAGAUGGAUAAAUACGAAUGAAUCUUCCCGUUCUGGAAUGGCUGUGUUGGACGUGGCUAUUCCAACAGGUUAUAUAAUUCAACAACAGACGUUGGACGGAUACAUCCGGUCGAAACAGGUAAGGAACCUUCAGAGGGCACGUUUCCAGGAGAGGAAAGUUCUCUUUUACUUCGAUUACCUGGAUCAGGAGGAAACGUGCGUGAAUUUCACUAUAGAGAGGUGGUUCCCGGUUGCCAACAUGUCGCGAUAUCUUCCCAUUAGAGUUUACGACUACUAUGCUCCAGAACGUUUCAACGAAACUAUAUUCGAUGCCCUGCCCACUUACACGCUAAAUAUCUGCGAAGUUUGCGGCAGCUCUCAGUGUCCUUACUGUCCGAUUUAUAACACUGCCACGAUGUUAGCCACGCCAACAGGUUUUCUGCUUGCGAUUUCUGUUCUAGUUGUCGUGACGAGAUACUUUCGAACACAGGAGCUUAGUGCUGGUUAAUCUUCACAUAUACAACACAGUUUAACAAAAGAAAAAGAAAAGAACGAAAAGAGAAAGGUGAAUAUUCUCGGUUUUACUUUUUACUUUGUAUCGCCGUGUUGUCUCGAUUUUCUUUCCACAUAUCUCUGUCAUUUUCUCCACAAAACAUGUCUGGUGCAAAAUCUAAAAAUGCAGGUAACACGCGAUGAAGAAUAAUUUUCGCAGUUAAAUGUAAUCAUCUUGCAGCAUUUCAUUAUCUUUUAACGAAAAAGAAAAAAAAAUCCGUCCAUUUGUUAAGACGUAUCGACAAUUUUAUAUUUAUAUAAUCUAGAAACUUUAAUAAAAACACGUAUUUUUAUAGAUUUCUUAACUUUACAGUAUUUGACGUUUUAUAUCGAUUUAUUCAAGUGUUUUCUGCGUUCUACGUGGUAAUUUAAUUCAAAACCAUAGUUAAAGCAAUAUGUUCUAGGAGGCAAAGAAUUUUCAAGUACAAAUGAUACUUAGUCGAGAUCGUGUUUUUUUGUAAGUAUGACACACCAAAAAGAAACAAAUUUUUAUAGAUCCUUUAGUAAUAACCUCUAUCAUGAAAUUAUGCUCAUCAAUCUUGUUCUUCUUAUUCUCAAUCGACUUUGAAAAUUCAGAUUUUGUUGAAUCUCACUUUUUUUUUUCUUUUUUUUUUUUCUUUACAAUUCUACGCUCGAAUUUUUGUCUUUCUCAUUUCAUCUCUCCUGCUUUUAAUGUCUGUUCGAGAAAUACGUUUUUUCUAUGCAACUUUUCUGUUUUCACGUGCCACUUUCUAAAUGAACUCCGCAUUAAUUCCGUACUUAUGAUUUGACAAAUCGUCGCUCAUAAAUUGUGCCUUCGCGAUGCCCCCUGAACAAGCGUCAAUUUGUGUAAAUAGUAGGCUUAGAAGGAAAGAUCUACACGAAUAUUGAUGUCAUUCUAACGCAAAUGCUCGGUAUACUUCUCCGAGUGAAAGAAAAAAAAAAGGAAAAGCAUGAAAAUACAUGCGAGAUAUAUUGUUCGAAUGUAUUUUGCCUCUAUAAAAAGUUUUAUAUUCUUUUGUAUAGUUAUUUGCCUGUUCGAAUAUCAAAGAUCUAUUUUUUAGUAUGACUAUGACAAAGUAAUGCAUUAACUGUAAGUCUUUUAAGAAGAGAUGUUAAUCGUUGAUGUUUUGAAAAUGUGCGACAUUUUGCUUAAUUGAUCAUCUAUUCGAUAAUUUUCUUUCUCGUGUGUGUGUUAAUUAAAUGAAACAAUUGUUUUGCUAUA